AUGCCUCCAUCAGAUCCCGCCGCCAACCUCAGCGCUCUCUUGCGCGCCGCCUCAAUUGAGGAUCACGAGGAAGUUCUCAAGGCCGCCAAUGCAUCCAUAAAAGCAUCCAAGACCGACCUGAAUGCCCACCGCACCCGAGUCGUCGCCCUCCUUAAGCUCGACCGCUUCGACGACGCCCUGCGCGCCAUCACCGACGGCGGCGACAGGCUCGAGGAUGCCUGCCUCCUAGAGAAGUCUUACGCCCUUUACAAGACCGGAAAGCUACAAGAGGCUCGCGACGUUGCCGACUCGAGACCCCAGCGCAGCUUCCGUCACGUUGCUGCCCAGGUCGCCUAUCGAGCCGAGGACUUUCAGAACGCAGUCGAGGUAUACAAAGGUCUGCUAGACGAUCCGCAAGCCGAGGAGAGCGAUCUUCAUAUCAACCAGUUGGCGUCUGUUGCUCAGCUGGAAUGGAAGGCUGUCAAUGGCCUAGGCGGUGACGGUGCGCCUGUUCCUGCUGCUGCGGAUGCAGACACUUUUGAGCUCGCGUACAACAUCGCGUGCGGCUGCAUUGCUCGGGGAGAGCUCUCCAAGGCCUCUACGCUUCUUCAGCGCUCGCUGAGCUUAUGCGACGAGUCUGAGGAUCUUUCCGAAGAUGACAAGCAAGCCGAGAUGAUCCCCAUCAUGGUCCAGCAGGUUUACGUCUACUCUAGGCUAGGCAAGGUCGAGGAAGCCCUCGAAGUCCAAAAGCGCUUGUUCACAUCCGAAAACUGUGAUGCCGAGUCAAAGCUGAUUGCUCUACACAACCAGUCGGCUCUCGCGACUGAUGUCAAGAACCCCUACCUGGCCCAGCGUGAACUCGAGUCGGCAUCAACCCUUGCCAAGCAGGCUAAGCUGUUCAGGUACCAGGAGAGCCGGUUGAAGCGCAACCAGUCCAUCCUCAGCCUUCACACCCAGAAGUUCGAAGGCGUAUUCCGGAGUACAUCCAAAGCCUUGGCCGGAGCCUCGCCCACCGUGUCCGCCGACACCAACGGUCUGUCCGCCAUCAACGCUACGGCCCGCGCCUUGCGCUCCUCCAAGACUGUUGACGUCAAGGAGGUUGUGCCCUUGCUUGAGAAGCGCCCCGCAGACAUUGGUUUGCUCCUCACCGUCAUCCAGCUCUACCUCGCCGCGAACAACCCCGGCGCCGCACUGUCUGUCCUCGACUCUUUCUUGCACAAGUUGGAGAAGCAGGACACGUCGGACGCCAGAUACUCCCCUGGUCUUGUCGCGUUGACCGUCUCCCUCUACAGACAACAGGGACGCCACGGCAGCAUACGCUCCGAGCUGGCCAAAGCCUCGUCGUUCUGGGAGAAACGGGACGGGCGCCACGUUGAAUCUCUCCUCCGGGGUGCCGGCUCCGAGCUGCUCAAGUCGUCUGACCCUGCUGACCUUGCCGCCGCCGGUGCUGCGUUUGAGAAGCUUUGCCAGAAGUCUAGCGCAGACCAAGUUGCAGCCGCUGGUCUUGUGGCUUCUUUCGCUACUUCUGACGCCGCCAAGGUCAAGCCGUACCUGACGAGCCUGCCUUCCAUCGACAGUCUCGUCAGCGGCAUCGACGCUGGUCAGCUGGUCGGCGAAGGCGUGGCCACCCUCGCAACACCGUCGAGCCAAGCCAAGAAGCGGCGAAUCGACCAGCCGGUCGAAUCAACGACCCAGAAGAAACGCAGGAGAAAGUUGCCCAAGAACUACGAGGAGGGUAAGAAGGUGGACCCUGAGCGGUGGCUGCCGCUCCGUGAUCGCUCUUCCUACCGCCCCAAGGGCAAGAAGGGCAAGAAGAAGGCAAACGAGUCCACACAGGGUGGCUUCGUCAAGGCAGAGGAGACAUUGGAGCUUGCGGGCGGUGCUGGAUCGGUCAAGGUUGAAAAGGCACCAACCACGUCGUCAAACAAGAAGAAGAAGAAGGGCAAGAAAUAA